UUCUCCGUAGUGCGCAGGCGCGCCGGGCCAGCUUGGCUGUCGUGGGAUUCUGGUGGUGAAGGCAGCAGGAGUAGGAGCAGCGGCGGCGGCGGGAGUGGGGCUGUUCCAGCGGGCGCUGUUCCGAUGGCCGCGGAUGCCCCUCCCGGCGCGCCCCUGACCCGGCGCCCGCUCCUCCUGGGCCAAGUGGAGGGCUCCCAGGACGCCGUGACCAUGGCCGCGAUCGUGCCCAAGGAGGAGGGCAUCCUCAGCGUCUCCGAGGACAGAACGGUUCGUUUAUGGCUGAAGAGGGACAAUGGACAGUAUUGGCCAAGCAUAUACCAUGCAAUGCCAGCUCCAUGUUCAUGCAUGUGCAUUAAUCCAGAAACAAGAAGGCUGUCUGUCGGUUUAGACAAUGGAACCAUCUCGGAAUUUAUUUUGUCAGAAGAUUACAACAAGAUGACACCAGUUAAAAGUUACCAGGCUCACCAAAGUAGGGUUAUGAUGGUCCUCUUUGUCCUGGAAAUGGAAUGGAUCCUAAGCAUAGGACAAGAUAAACACUUCACUUGGCAUUGCUCAGAGAGUGGGCAGCGCCUCGGGAGCUACAGGAUCAACGCCGGGGCCUGUGGACUACAAUUUGAUGUGGAGACACGGCACGUUUUUAUUGGUGAUCUUUCUGGGCAAGUGACCAUCCUUAAACUGGAGCAAGAAAACUGCAACCUGAUAACAACAUUUAGAGGUCAUACAGGUGGAAUCAGUGCCCUCUGCUGGGAUCCAGUGCAGCGAGUCUUAUUUUCGGGCAGCUCGGAUCACUCAAUUAUUAUGUGGGACAUUGGAGGGAGAAAAGGAACUGCCAUUGAACUACAAGGACAUAAUGAUAAAGUCCAAGCUCUCUCCUAUUCUCACCACACUCGGCAACUUAUCUCCUGUGGAGCAGAUGGUGGAAUUGUGGUCUGGAAUAUGGAUGUUGAAAGGCAGGAGACACCAGAAUGGUUGGACAGCGACUCGUGUCAAAAAUGUGACCAGCCCUUCUUCUGGAACUUCAAACAAAUGUGGGAUAGCAAGAAAAUAGGUCUUAGACAGCACCAUUGCCGGAAAUGUGGGAAAGCUGUGUGUGGCAAGUGCAGUUCCAAGCGGUCGUGCAUCCCUCUGAUGGGCUUUGAAUUUGAAGUGAGAGUCUGCGACAGUUGUUAUGAAUCAAUAACAGAUGAGGAGCGUGCACCCACGGCCACUUUCCACAACAGCAAACACAAUGUUACCCAUGUACACUUCGAUCCAACCAGGGGGUGGUUGCUAACGUCCGGGACAGACAAACUUAUUAAGUUGUGGGAUAUGACACCUGUAGUAUCCUGAUGCAUCCCUGAAGCCUAAAGAAAUUCUGUGUUACUGAAGAGGGGAUUCCUAGUCCUGUGGAAGCAGAUGGAUCAAGCUGUGUAGAGAUGGAGAAGGGCAAGACUGAUGCUUCUGGCUGGUUUCCCAAGCCCGCCUAGCAAAUCCAGCAUGAACACUUACACCAAAUGCUCUACUUCUCUUCAUUUUCAAAUGCAAAAGAUAUUUUUUUAAGCCAACGAUAAUACAAUCCGGUUCCGCUCAGC